AUGACCCGGAAAGAUGAACUAUUGGAGUACGAGUCCGACGACGAAGACAUGAUGUACGCAAUAUUGUCCAAGCUCCCCAAGCCACUGGAUAUCGAAUCACUGAUCAAAAGAACGACUUUACUCUUUGCACAACACCCGCCAGAGACACUGCCAUUCAGUGCAUGGCGUAAAGUGUCAAGCUACAGCGUAUUGAAGACCACACGCGAUCCAGAUGAACUUGCAAAGCAAACGCUUGCGGAUGGUGAACAUCUUCAUGCAAAGCAUGCAGCACAGAUACAGCGUCAGGAGACAAUUCAGAAGAUGACUGCUCACUCUCGUUUGUUAGCUUAUAGAUAUCGCAAACCUGUUGGAGCGUUCACAGUCGCGAUUGUCGUUGGUAUUUUGUCGCUAUGGAUGGGCAGAAGCGGAAAUGGCACUUCUAUUUUGUCACCAGCCGCAUUAGUUGACGCUAGAGACAAGCUGCUGUGGGUCAUCAACAGGGCUUGGACAGGUCUCCGGCUUUGA